AUGUGCAAUGUGGCCUUCAUGGAUAGCAGAGGAGGCGAGGAGGGCCUGAUCAAAUCCUGCUUCCUCUUCGACUGUUUGUAUAAAAAGAAAUAUGUGUGUCGCUUUGUCAAGAAGAAGGGAUUCAUCAACUACAUUCUGGACUCUAUGUAUGAGAGUCAUCUUCAAAGAGUGCUUCCUCAAGAUAAUUCUGACUUUCCACCAAAAGCCAAUGGUGGCUUGGAUCUAGUUGUUCAACCCCAGGACAGUGUGACACUGAAUGGCCUUGAGAGCAAAGAUGAUGUGGAGAUUGUCAAGUAUGAGUGGUCUCUUCUGACUUCGUACCCUUAUGCGAUUAUAGAGGAAACAAACUUUGAGGAUCAGAUCAUUGUGUCAAACCUGACUUCUGGAGUCUACAAGUUCCAGCUGACCGUUACAGAUAGCGUUGGACAGGCAGACUCCACUCAAGUCACAGUGCUGGUGUUAUCUCCAGAACAAUCUGAACACCACUGUAUGGCCCCGAAGAAAGUUGGGCCUUGCCGUGGAGCGUUUCCUCGCUGGCACUACAAUGCUGCUUCAGAAAAGUGUGAGCAGUUCACCUUUGGAGGCUGCAGAGAGAAUCGUAACAACUAUGUGAACAAGGACGAAUGCACCAAAGCCUGCUAUGGCACAGAGAAACUGGACAAAACUGGCAGGGGUUUGCCAUUGAAUCCUUCUGGAGGUGAAACGUGUGGGACCCCGUGUACCCAGGAGGAGUUCACUUGUGCAAGCGGCUGCUGUAUAGAGAAAGACCUGGAGUGUGACGGGAGCCCACAGUGCUCUGAUGACUCUGAUGAAAAGAACUGUGAAGACCUCAAUAAAAACUUCAAGAUCCUUCUACAAAUCCCUCUUGAUGAAAACAAAGUGCGUUGUACAGAGCCUCCUAUCACUGGAAACUGCAGGGACAGUUUCUCCAUGUGGUACUACAACCCCAUGAAACUAGACUGUUUCCGAUUCAACUACGGGGGUUGUCAAGGGAACGAAAAUAAAUUUGUUUCAAAGGAACAGUGCAUGAAGAUGUGUAGAGGGGUCACAGAGGAUGACGUGUUUGCAAGAAAGGAAUCUUUUGAGCGCAGCGUCGCUGACAGUCAAACGGGCGUUAUUGCCAUAGCAGCUCUUCUGGGAGUGGGCAUCUUCAUCCUCUUGUGCAUCAUGGUGUACUGCUUUGUCAGAGGGAAGAAGAAGGCCCAACACCACCGCGUGCCCGUCAACAGCAUCCCAGUGUCCACAAUGGAGGACAGGGAUCACUUGGUGUACAACAGCACGACCAAACCCAUCUGA